UGUGGUCCCAAUUAGGUAAAUGUGAUAAUUUUCAUUCAUAAAGAAGUUUUUCUACAAGAAACAGACAAUUAUUUAAUCAAACUUGAUUGAUGAUAAUCACACAGUAACCAACCAGUCAAAUGACUCCUGAUCUGAGCGCCAUGUCCUUUCCACUAUCUAAAGUCUGAUCACUUAUUUCUUUCCGUUUAAUUCCAUUAAUGUAUUUAAAGUUUUGAUUGUGUUCUUUAAUUAUUACAGGUGCUGUCUUUUCACUGAUUGAAUCUUUAAUCACCUUCCUGAUAAAGUGGCAACAUGUGCAAACUCACUCUAACUGCAGGUCUCUGUCUGAUCAUCGCCAGCUUGGCCUCAUCCUCCAGGCUGGUGUGUUACUACAACAGCUUGGCUGAAGACAGAGCAGCAUACGGGAAGGUCACAGUUUCAGAUAUCGAUCCAAACCAGUGCACCCAUCUGAUCUACGCCUUUUCUGACAUCAACAACAAUGAGCUGGUCACUGCGAGCACUACAAGUAGCAUGGACUAUCAGGCCUUCAAUGGACUCAAAACCAGAAAUCCACAACUCAAAACCUUGUUGGCAGUGGGUGGCUUGACCUUCAACAUACAAAAGUAA